AGGAAGCGGUAUGUACAAACAGGAACAUGUUACGGCUUUUCCACAAGAGUAAACCUUUUAAAAUUAGGAGUGUUGGUGAAAAUAAAAAGUACGGAGUGGCAGUGAAAGAUGUGAAGGAGCUUCUGAAAAAGAGCUGCAAGCUGCUGCAGGUCCCCUCCUCUGGUGCUCAAGUGUGUUUGUAUGAUGAUGGGACAAUUGUGACUGAGGAGUUCUUCCCGACUCUGCCUGACAACACUGAACUCGUGCUUCUAUCUCGAGGCCAGACUUGGAGCGGAGUUGUGAGUGACAUCGGUCAGCUCCUGAACACAGACCGCCAUGCGGACAGCCUGAUUGAAGCAGCGAGGGAACUGCUCUGCAAUGAGAAAUCAUCAAAACAGCGCAAAAUCCUGAGCGACCUGCUCCAGAACCUGGAGGACAAGUCCGAGAUGGAGAGCCGAGAGGACGACCAGGACUGGUUUCUAGGUGUUGGUUCUCGAUUCAAGACUAAGUCUGCGUACAUGAAGUCCAACUGUGAAAGCAGGAUACGAAGCUACAUGAAAGAGGUCGAUGAGGCCGCAAAAAGUAUCGAGAAAGCAAAAGUCAAGGCCGAGUUCCUGAAAGCGUCCAAGUGUCUGACGGAAAUUUUAAAGGAAGCAAAGUACAACGGCUGCUACUUCGACCGGACUGAGAAGACGUCGGAGCGCCUCUGCACCCAGGAGGGAUGGUUCACCUGCCAGGGAUCUUUUGACGAGAAGGCGUGUCCGUCUCUUCACUCCAUCAACCCGUACGGCAGCCGCGAGAGCCGGAUCGUGUUCAGCACCUGGAACCUGGACCACAGGAUUGAAAAGAGGAGGACGAUCAUCCCCGCCUUGCUGGACGCGCUGCAGAACCACAAGAGCAGCGACGUCAAUCUGGACUACUUCUACCAGCUGCUGUUCACCAGGGAGAACCUCAAGCUGGUUCACAUCGUCUGCCACAAGAAAGAAGCCCACAACCUUUCAUGUGACGACAAGAAAAUCUUCUCCAGCAACGCAAACAAGUCCAAACCGAAGGCACAAGUCAGGAAGAGACGCCGCACUUAGUAUGUUGAUUUCAAAGAAAAAGUCAACGUCACACUUUUACCUCACUUAUUCUUUUUAAUUUCAAACACAUCAUGAUAAUCUGCUGUAUGAACCACUUCUUGUACUGUUUUUUUCUUUUGUAAUGAUUCCACUUCAAUCAUGUUGGCACGGAGAUGAAGAAAGAACAAAUCAUUUUGUUCCCUC